CUCUAGUGUGUGAUACUCAUAAUAUUUUCGGCUUCAUCGAAUCGAUUAUUUAACGCCAGAGAGAGAUCUCGCGCAGUAGAUAUGGUUUUCUUCGCCACCUACAAAUCCAAGCGGAUUUUGCCGCCGUCCUUUCUCAUGAAAUCCGUCACACGGGCGCGUGCGAUCACGGAGUUUUACUGGCAUCGUGCGUGGAAUGGAACGCUCAUGUGGUUAAUCCCCGGCGAUUUUCGUAUCUGGGCCUUUGCCAUUCCGAUUGUUUAUUUCUUCCACCGAUGGCAUAAUGAUCAUAUGUUAGAGCACGACUUCUGUGAGAAGGCGAUGAUUAAGCGCUGGGGAGGCACUUUAGAUGAGGUUCGGAAGCUCUCCCCGCAGGAUCAGCUCCGCGUUCGGAGCUUUGUGGAGUUGGAAAAGUAUUACGCCUCGUACGGGCCCAGGGAUCUCAUUGUACAACCCCCAGGUGAUCCCCUUCCCGGGAAGGAUUACUAUCAGGAUAAUGCCAACCUGCAUCAUUAA